CUACACACAAAACCUUACCAAAAACCAUGGGAAAGCCAGCAAGCGUAUCUCCGACGAUCUUCCUCCUAGUCAUCCUUCUGGUGACCGCUGGAGAGACGACGGAGGCGAAGCCAUGGUGGGAGAAAGUAGGAGAUUCCAUCGGGAACAUUGUCGGAGGAGUAGGAGAUGCGGUGGGGAAUUUUAAAGCAGUGGAGAUGGGAUUGUCUUUGAAAGGAGGAUCUUGUGUGAGAGAGAUUCUGUCUGUGAGUACGAAUGUGUUUAGUGAAUGGUGUAUAGCUCUUAAUGAUCCAAGAGCUCCCAUGUAUAUGAAGAUUGAGAAUAUACCAACUGGUGUGUCAAUCGACUCCAUUUUGAAGAAGCCUCUUGAUUUUAUCAAGCAACAUUAUCCCAAUUUCUUGAAAGUUUGGAACUUUAACCAGAAAACUAAGAGAAAGCCGAGACGUGCUCUUUAAUUUUUUUAGUCUUAGCUUGUUCCUUUUGUCUAUUUUGAGACAUGCAGAUUCGGUAUUGUAUCGAUUAAUAAUAACAAAGUUGAGCU